AUGCCCGAUAUCAGAAGCUUCUUCGCUCCCAAAGGAGGUAGCCAACCUUCACUCAAUGAUAAAGCCAAAUCUACAUCUACCCCUGCUAAGAAGAAAGCUGCAGCUCGAAAGCGGAGGGUCGUCGAUUCUGAUGAUGACGAUGAAGAACCUCUAAAGAAAACAACUCAGAAAAUAGCAUUACCCAAAACAACAGCAAAAUCUGCGAAGAAAGAGGAGAAAUUAGAACCCACAACUACCUCUGACUAUUUCAAGAGUAACGGCAAAAACAAAAUUGUGCGGACUGCUCCAGUCAGGCCGAAAAAAGUGAAGCCGGAGGUAAACCCAGAGGAAAAUUACAUUGACGAUGAUGACGAUAUCGAUCUCGGAAUUUUUGCCGACCAGUUCAAAAAGCAUGAGGACGACUAUCAAGAAGAAAAGAGGGACGAUGAGAUGGAAGAUUUAGUUCCCGACGCAGAGCAAAAAGAUGAAGAGAAGGAGGACGAGAAAGCGGAAGCAACAAAACCGAAGAGAAAACCCGCCGCCUCAAGUAGCAAGCGGAAGAAAUUGCCUUCUGAUGAUGAAGAUGAAGAAGUUGUAAUGAAACCAAGGAGGAAACCCACAAUCAGGACGAAAAAAAGAUCUUUACCCUCCGAGGACGAGGAAGAAGAGGAAGAGGUUGAGGAAGAGGAUGAAAAGCUAAAGCCAAAGGCUAAAAAACCAGUUGCUAAGAAGACACGGGCUCCCGCUCCCAAGAAGAAGAAGGAAGAACACAUUGAGGACGAGGAAGUUAGAAAAAUACUUGAUAGUGUCCCCACCGUUAGAGCACCUUCGCCCCCGCCACGUUCCGGGGAAGAAAAGAAGUUUAACUUUAGGGACUUCAAACAAAGGGCUGGCCCAGUAGCACAAGGAACUGUGGAAAUGCCAGAGGGUGAAGAAAAUUGUUUGACUGGCUUAACGUUUGUAUUCACGGGCGUUCUAGGAAGCUUAUCAAGGGAGGAUGGCCAGCAACUUGUCAAGAAAUAUGGAGGUAAAAUCACCGGAGCACCGUCUAAAAAGACGUCUUACGUAGUCCUAGGUGACGAUGCUGGUCCAAAAAAGCUAGAAACUAUCCGACAACACGGUUUGAAAACAAUUGGAGAGGAGGGUUUAUUCCACUUGAUUCGCACACUUCCUGCGAACGGUGGCGACCACGCAGCCGCAAAGGCAAACGAAGCCAAAAAAGCAAUUGAAGAAACCAAAAUUCGCGAAAUGGCAAAAGAAAUGGAUAAAGCGACCAAGUCGAAGGGUAAAGAGGCGGCUCUAAAGGAGGCUGAUCAGCUUUGGACGGUUAAAUAUGCCCCUACACAAAUAAAUCAAAUUUGUGGCAAUAAAGGUCAGGUGGAAAAGUUGCAAAAGUGGCUCAGAAACUGGCCAAAAAACUUGAAGUCUGGUUUUAAAAAGAGAGGAGAAGAUGGAAACGGAAUUUUUCGGGUGGCCAUGAUUCAUGGUCCUCCUGGUAUCGGGAAGACUAGUGCUGCGCAUUUAGUUGCCAGGUUGGAGGGUUAUGAUGUCGUUGAAACCAAUGCCAGUGAUACUCGAAGCAAAAAGUUAAUGGAGGAAACUCUUCGUGGAGUUCUUGAUAAUAGGUCGCUCAUGGGCUACUUUGCCGGAGACAAGCAGAAAGUCGAUGCCUCCAAGCAGAAGCUUGUUAUGAUAAUGGAUGAGGUGGACGGUAUGUCCGCCGGUGACCGCGGCGGUGUAGGCCAACUUGCAAGCCUAUGUAGAAAAACUCAGAUUCCCAUAAUUUGCAUUUGCAAUGAACGAAAACUUCAAAAAAUGAAGCCUUUCAACAAUGUAACAUUUGAUAUGCCUUUUAGGCGGCCAAAUGUCAACGAAGUCCGCUCUAGAAUUAUGUCUAUUGCUUAUCGCGAGGGAAUCAAACUUCCCGGAAACGUCAUUGACCAACUUGUUGAGGGAACACACUCCGAUAUUCGGCAAAUCAUUAAUAUGUUGUCUACAUACAGCACCACUCAAUCAAGUAUGAGUUUUGAGGAAAGCAAAGAUUUAGCUAAAUCAUGGGAAAAGCAUGUAAUCCUCAAACCUUGGGAUAUUGCGCAGAAGCUAUUAAGCACCGAAAUGUUCAACCCUAAUAGUAAAAAGACGCUCAAUGACAAAAUAGAGCUUUAUUUCAACGACCACGAGUUUUCGUAUCUCAUGAUUCAAGAGAAUUACCUCAAAACCAAUCCUGCGAGGGCUGGUAAUUUUAGGGGAAGAGAGAGAACCUUGAAAUUACUAGAGUUGGCGGAUAAUGCUGCUGAAAGUAUCUCGGAUGGCGAUUUGGUUGACGCGCUUAUUCAUGGGCCACAGCAGCAAUGGAGCCUAAUGCCGGUUCAUGGCAUGUUUUCAACUGUGAAACCAUCUUCAUAUAUGUAUGGCGGAUACGGUGGCUCUCAAUAUUCUUUCACGCAGUGGUUAGGAAUGAACUCCAAGCAAGGCAAACUGGUACGUUAUGUUAAGGAAAUUCAAUCGCAUAUUCGGCUGCGUGCGUCUGGAGACCGCCAUGAAGUCCGACAAAAUUACAUACCAACCUUGCACAACCUGAUUGUUAGACGUCUUGAGUCUGAAGGCAAAGAUGUCAUUCCAGAUAUCAUUCAACUCAUGGAUGAUUACUUCUUAACAAAGGAGGAUUGGGAUGCUAUCGUAGAACUUGGCGUUGGCCCCAUGGCUGAUAGCAGUUUAAACAUAUCCUCUCAAACGAAAAGUUCAUUUACUAGACUAUACAACCAGAUGUCUCACCCCAUGCCAUUUAUGAAAGCCACCAGUGACUUUGCACCUAAGGCUGUGAAAAAAGAAGUCCCUGACAUUGAGGACGCAAUUGUAGAAAGCGAGGAUGAAGGUGCCAUUGGUGAAGAAGAUGCAGAAGCAAAAAUGGCUGAAGAUGACUCAAUGGAUAUAAGCAAAGACAAAUAUGUCAAGGUCCCGAAGAAGGUAACGGGAAAGGGAAAGGGAAAGACUUCUGAGGAUGAGAAGCCCAAAACGACCAGAAGCAAACCUGCAGCAAAAUCAAAAGCCAGCAGCGGAGUCUCAACCAAGGGACCUCGAGAACAAUUUCCGGUUGAGGUCAUCUGGUUGUAUUUGUGGUCGGGCGAUUUUUCUCCCUCCCCCUCCGUCACAAGCACGGCAAAUAGCAGGUUUUUUCGGAGUUCAAUUGGAUAUAUAAGAUGUGCGGAAUCAUCGCAAUCAUCCUUGCUGAUCCUAACGGAUCUGCCGUCACCGAUAUCCAUAACGGUCUUCCAAUUCUUCAACACAGAGGGCAGGAUGCUUGCGGAAUUGCUACCUGCGCUUAUGGAUUUGCCAGGGAACAUGGGGCUUGGACAUUUGCGCUAUCCUACCGCCGGCUCAUCAGCAAAUGCCGAAGCCCAGCCAUUCUACGUAAAUUCGCCAUACGGGAUCUGCUUUGCCCAUAAUGGCAACCUCAUUAAUGCAUCAGAGCUACGAGACUACCUUGAUCACGAAGCGCAUAGACAUAUCAACACUGAUUCUGACAGCGAGACACUGCUGAACAUUUUCGCUAGUGCCUUGCAGGAGACUGGAAAGUUCCGUGUUAACGAAGAAGAUUUGUUCACUGCGUUGAAGGCUAUCUACCGGCGGUGCCAGGGUGGUUACGCUUGUAUAGCUAUGCUUGCAGGGUUUGGAAUCAUCGGGUUUAGGGAUCCUUACGGCAUUAGGCCCCUCGUUCUGGGAGAGAGAAAUGGUAUUAAUGGUGGGAUGGAUUAUAUGUUUUCCAGCGAGAGUGUUGCACUGGACCAGCUCGGUUUCACUAACCACCGUAAUAUCAACCCAGGAGAGGCUGUUAUCAUUAAGAAGGGGUGUAAACCUAUCUUUAGACAGGUUCAUCCCAUCCUCAAUCACGCUCCGGACAUCUUUGAGUAUGUCUACUUCGCUCGUCCGGACACCAUCAUCGAUGGUAUCUCGGUUUAUAGAUCCCGGCAGAAUAUGGGAUUGGCCUUAGCGAACACUGUUCUAGCAAAGCUUGGCGCAGAAAUUGUCAAAACGAUUGACGUUGUCAUUCCUAUCCCUACAACCUCGGAGGUUUCAGCCCUCAGUCUUUCCCAGAAGCUGGGAAUUCCGUACUGCCAGGCAUUUGUCAAGAAUCGGUAUGUUGGAAGGACCUUCAUUAUGCCUGGGCAACAAGAGAGGCAGAAGUCUGUAAGGAGGAAGUUAAAUGCUAUGAAAGAAGAGUUCAAGGACAAGAACGUUUUACUUGUUGACGACAGUAUCGUGAGAGGAACAACCAGUCGGGAAAUCGUGAAUAUGGCUAGGGAAGCCUGUGCACGGAAGGUUUACUUUGCCAGCUGUGCACCCCCCAUCAGGAAUGCCCACAUCUACGGGAUCGACCUUGCCGAUACCAAAGAGCUAGUUGCAUAUGGCCGAACAGAAGAAGAAAUCUCAGAGCAUAUCGGUGCAGAUGCGGUCAUUUACCAGACUCUCCCAGAUCUCAUUGAAUCCUGCUCUUCUCUCUCCAGCCAUAUUAAGAACUUUGAAGUUGGAGUCUUUAACGGGGAAUACGUCACUCCCGUGGAUCCAUCCUACUUCAAAAAGCUCGAAAGUAUUCGUGGCGAGACUUCCAAAUUGAAGAGAAAAGAAGCCGCUAUCAAAGCUGUCGCCGCCGGUAUUGCUAAUGAGGGCGAUGUCGCUGAUGUGCUGAAAAUGAACGGGGUUAAAGUCAACGGCCACGGCUUUGAUGAGCCUAUGAGUGAGACUGUAAGAGAACGGAUGGAUGUUAGCAUCCACAACUUUGGUGACUACAGAUGA